AAUAGUAACAGUAACCUCAAUAUCGUUCCUUUUGGAGUAUCGUGUCAAUGAAUUACAUUAUUAAAAACUAAACAUGUAUGUGAAAAUCAACAAAAUAUUUCUAUAAUAACACGCCUAACGUUUGAUCGUGAGAGAGUUUAAGAAUAUUUUUCAUUUGAUUAAAUUUUAGUUAUGAGUAAUUCACAGACUCCUGCUGGUGCCUCUGUUCAGGAAUUUUCCAUAAGAGUACCAAAAAAUUCAAGAAAAAGACACCAUGUGAUGAGAUUCAAUUCAGUGUUGAAUGUGGACUUUGCAAAAUGGGGACAGGUGAAGAUGGAGAGAGAGAACAACCAAAAAGAGUUUGCAAGACCUGACGAUGACAUGCCAAAAUUUGGAGCUGGUAGUGAGUUUGGAAGAGAAGCAAAAGAAGAAGCACGUCGUAAAAAGUUUGGUAUUGUGAGCAAAAAAUACAAGCCAGAGGAUCAGCCAUGGAUACUUAAAGCUGGUGGAAAGACAGGGAAAAAAUUCAAAGGUAUCCGAGAAGGUGGUGUUGGGGAGAAUGCAGCCUAUUAUGUAUUCACACACGCUGCAGACGGUGCCAUCGAUGCCUACCCUCUGUGCGAGUGGUACAACUUCCAACCUAUCAACCGCUACAAGUCCUUGUCGGCAGAGGAAGCUGAACAAGAAUUUGGCAGGCGCAAUAAAGUAAUAAACUACUUUUCUCUCAUGUUGCGGAAACGUCUGAGAAAUGAUGAAGAUGGCGAGUUAGACGAGGAAGAAAGUAAAUUAAAACGUGGAAAUACCAAAAAGUCCAAAGAUUUUAAAAUAUCUGACAUGGAUGAUUGGAUGAACAGUGAGGAUGAAGAUUCGUCUGAAGAAGGGGAAGGAGAUGAUGAAGAAACUAAAGAAAAGAAGGCAAACAAGAAAAAACAAAACAAUAACAAGAAGAAUGACAAAAAGAAGAAAAAGAAGGCAGGCUCAGACGACUCGGCUAUGGAAGAGAGUGAUGAUGGUGAUGAGGAAGGCAGAGAAUUGGACUAUAUCUCAGACUCCUCGGACAGUGAUUCGGAUCAUGAGGCAAAGAUAGAUAAGGACAUGAAGGGUGUGGCUGAAGAGAGUGCAUUGCGUCACCUGCUGAGCUCGGGUGAGGAGGACGAGGAUGAGGAGAAGGAGGAGGGCAAGAAGAGCGAUGCAGAUGACAACAAUGAUGAAGACAAAGAGAAACCUGCCAAGAAGAAGAAGAAAGCGACCAAAAAAGAAAAAGAGGACAAGGAAGGAGACAAAUCAAAGACUGACAAAAACGAUGAUUCUUCCAGUGAACUGAGUGCAGAUAGCACUGACUCUGAUGCUGAGAACAAAGCAAAAUUACAACUUAACAGUGCCAACAGUUCACGGUGUGCCAGUCCUGCAAACCCCAGUGAUCUCAAGCGGCCAGGUGGCUCCGUGGAGGGUUCUGCGCACAAGAAAGCUCGGCUAGAACCUUUACCCAUCAAUUUUAAUAGCUCUGACAGUGGUAUCACUGAGGAUGCAGUGAGACGUUAUCUGAUGCGCAAGCCCAUGACCACCACAGAACUGCUACAAAAGUUCAAGAGCAAGAAGACAGGUCUGACAUCGGAGCAGCUGGUCAACGUCAUGACUCAACUACUGAAGAAGAUCAAUCCCGUCAAACAGACCAUCAAAGGCAAGAUGUUCCUGUCCCUGAAACCUCUGUGAUAUCUCAUGAUAUUCUCAUUUUUAUGUUAUUGUCUUUGUUUUGGUAAGUUAUUAAAGGGUUUUAUUUGACGACUA